CGAAGGACCUGAUAGAAAGUAGCUAGCCCUAUUGUUAGAGAAGCGGGGGACUGGGGAGGGAGGAAUCUGUGUCCAACUUGCCGCAGAAACUUUCAACCUAAGUUCCAUCCCUUCUUCUGACAGACGCUACUUGGAUGGGUCUAGUCCGAAGGCCAUGUGAGUGAAAAGAUGUGGAGAGAGCUAGCAGCGGCACCUGGGACUGAAUCCCUCUGAUCUCCGGUUUUGCCAGAUACCCAAUGGGGACCUUUCGGUGGCAGAAGGUGGUUGCCAGGAUCAAAUGAGAAAAGACGCGCUGAAACGUCACGCUGCUGUCACCCAGGUACGGCGUUGCUGCGCUCCAGGUGUGCUCGCCUCGGCCUGGUCUCCCCACGGAGGACGGGCCGCGCCGGGAGACACCGACGAGAAGAGGCAGGAAGGUCACCCCGAUCUCCCGGCCAGGCGGCGCGGCAGAGCCUCACUUCCCGGGCGCGUUCGGGCGGGGCAUUCCCAGGGGACCGGGCCGAGAGGCGGCACUCCCCGGACUCCGCACUCCCCGCCGCCGCCCUCCCGGCCCGGAGGCGCCGCUGACCCGGGUCCCCAGGCCGCCGGAGCUCGCGCGCCGCCCGGAGAGUCGCCGAGGGUGACCUGCUUACCUUGAAAACUUAGACGUGAUCCGAACAGCGGAACCUGGCGUGCAGGAAGGGACUGCGGGGAUGGGCUUCGGAUGUGACAGCGGAUAAAUCUGAACCCGGAGCUGCAGGAGCCCUGUUUCGUAUCUAAAGAGCCUGCAUUCCCUGCGAAGACGCACGCCGAGUGGCUCAGCGCGUGAAAGGGCCUCGCUGUUAGAUUCUCCUCCCGCUACACGCGUUUACAGCACACACAGAGGAAAUUACCAGCAACAACUGUCACUCUCCGAGGGCGGAAACUGCCAUGAAUCAAAAAGACAAGAAGUAAUUUUCUGUAAUCACAAGAUGACUCAGGAUGGACCAUGCAGCCGCCCAGCUGGAGAAGCAGCACGUGCAUGAUGUGUACGAGAGCACCGCGCCCUACUUCAGUGACCUGCAGAGCAAAGCCUGGCCCCGCGUCCGCCAGUUCCUCCAGGAGCAGAAGCCAGGCAGUCUCAUCGCUGACAUAGGUUGUGGGACUGGAAAGUAUCUGAAAGUGAACAGCCAGGUGCACACCCUGGGCUGUGACUACUGUGCACCACUGGUCGAGAUUGCCCGGAGCAGAGGCUGUGAAGUCACGGUGUGUGACAACCUGAACCUCCCCUUCAGGGAUCAGGGCUUCGAUGCCAUCAUCUCCAUAGGCGUCAUACAUCAUUUUUCUACAAAACAAAGAAGAAUCAGAGCCAUAAAAGAAAUGGCCAGGGUCCUAGUUCCUGGGGGCCAGCUGAUGAUUUAUGUUUGGGCCAUGGAACAGAAGAACCGGCACUUUGAGAAGCAAGACGUGCUUGUUCCCUGGAACAAAGCCUUGUGCUCCCAACGCCUCUCGGAAUCUGGCCAGCAGGGGAGAAAGCAGGAGUGUGGGCACCCAGAAAGAGGCCAUCCCUACCACCCGGCCUGCUCCGCCUGUCACUGUUCCGUGUGUUUUGAGGGGCGCUGCAACUCGAAGCGGUCCCACAGUGUGGACUGUGACUCUGUUCUGGCUGGCACCUGCUGUGCAAAUAUUUCCAAGGAAGGCGAGGAAGAAAACGGAUUCUAUAACACACUGGGGAAAUCGUUUCGCUCCUGGUUUUCCUCUAGAUCUUUGGAUGAAUCCACUCUGAGGAAGCAAAUUGAAAAAGUGAGACCCCUGAAAAGCACAGAAAGUUGGGUCAAUAACGCAAUAUCCAUCCAGCCUUCAAGACACUCAAGUUUCGACUUAGGUCAUCCAGAGACUUUGUCAGCAGGAGAGCAAAAUUUAGAUGAGGAAGUGUUUGUGGAGCCGUCUCAAGGACCUCGGGAGUGGCUGAGGGCACCCACCACAUGCAAACACCUAAACAGAGACCAUCCCGGAGUCAUAAGGAGAAACGGAGAUGGGAAUUUUCUGAGUGGCACCAAUGCUAAGGAGAGCUGCGUGGAUGAAGAUAACUUAGAAGAGGGCACCACUUCUGGUAGUAAAUUAUGGAGGAGGAUUUCUGCAGCAGAUUCCACAGACUCCAACCCAGGGGACGCCAUUUCUGUCGAAGAACAACAGCCUGACGUUUUGGAUUCCAGAGCCUUUAUGCGUUAUUACCACGUGUUUCGAGAAGGUGAGCUCUGUGGCCUGCUGAAGGAGAGUGUGUCGGAGCUCCAUAUUCUGAGCUCUGGGAACGACCACGGCAACUGGUGUGUCAUUGCAGAGAAGAGGGAGAGCUGUGACUGAUGGGAUCAUCUCAGACACGCCCUUCAAAAGAGGAACCACGUUCUUCUCACUGAGUUUGUGAUGUGGUUCCUGGAACUGACAUCCAAUGUUGUUAUUUGGUCUGUGUUUAAUCUAUUUAGAUUCUCUACAGACUAUGAAUUCAGCAUCUUUUCAGUCAAGCGCAGUGCUUGGCUAUCUAAAGCAUCUGACAAAGUCUUUGUGGUUAAAGGUUAAUAGAAGAGAUCUGAAGAAGCAAUAGAACAUGAACUCCAAUAUGGGCGAAUUGCCCUAACAAUACAUGUGUACAUGUUUUUCAGUAUUAUAUUGUGAUUUCAAAAGAUUCUGCUUUUAAGUAUACCUUGUAAAAACAUCAUUUGUAUGCAGUAAGGGGGUAAUUCCUAUCUCUAGUUAUAAUUUACCACUUCACAAAUAUGAUCAAUUAUUUCAUGGCCAAGGCCUUGCUUAUGCUUAAAGUCUUUAGAAAGGUGAGAGACAGUGGAGAGAGACAAGCAGGGUUCUGAGAACUUUUCUAAAUGAUAAGCGAGCUUGCUUCAAGGUAAGUAAAUAACAAGGUUUUUGAUGUUGCCCAGAGGGCUUUUAAAGGCACUGUCAGCCUGCAGAGUAGAUAUGUGGGCACUAGAAGAUGUUGCAAGUCAUCCAGGAGGUAUUUUUCGAACCUUAUUAGAAGCAGGAGUAUCCAGUCACGGAAGGUCCAAGACUGACUAAUGAAUUUUCAUCUGGGAAUGAUGCUUUUCUUAUGCACUGAAGGGAUAUUUAGAAAAUAAAAAUCUGGUUGAAGCAGCAUUUUAUUUUGGUUCUCGAUACAAGUAGAUCAUUAAAGUGCAAGAUAUUUGGACUUGGUGGAGGGCUAACUAUUGGAUUUUAAACAAUAAUAUCUGGGCAUUUAUCCUCUUGAAAGGGACUACAUUUUAAUGGUUGUAGUAAGAAUUUAGACAAUCAAAUCUUACUAACUAAAGGUUCAAUUUCUGCCACUUUAUAGACAAAUGGAUAGGUGGGCAUUGCCUGAUCACCACAUCUGUUUACUUUUAACCAUGGAUCUGUUUAUAUCCAUGUCAUGGACACUGAGACAUAGCUAUGAUUAGGAAAAGCAGGCAUGAGUUGACCCAGGAAUACAGUCUCAGACAGUUCCUUAAUGAGGAGAGAAUCAACACUUGACAAAAGCCUUUUUACUGUAUGGGUACUGUAAACCUGGAAGAUACCCAAUUCUUGUUUUGCUUUCCACUGAAAUUACUAAAAUUGUAUAACUUUUUCUCUUCAGUGAUUGUGCUCUAACUAAAAAUGCUGAUGAUACUUUCAAAGAAGUUUAAAGGAUUAUUUUUAAUGUGCAUCUGAAAGUACUGAAGUUUAUUACUCUCUUGGCCUCAAAAUAAGAUGGUGUCAUCACCUUUUCGGUUGAUGAGGCUGUUGGGUGGAAAUGAGAUCUAUGAUUUGUAUUGUUCUGCACACAGUCUGCAUUAGAGGGAUGAUAAAAACAGACAUAAAAGUGGAAUAUAAAUUAAAAUUUAAUUUAAUGUC